GGUUGUGGCAUCCAAGCAAACACACAUUCUUGUUAAUGACAAUAAAACGCAUAGACACAGUACAUAAUAAAAGUGGAAUCUCAAUUUGCGAACUUAAUUGGUUUUUGAGCAGGGUUCGUAAAUUUCUCCAUAAGAAACAAUGUAAAUAUGAAUAAUGGGUUACAGCCUUGACAAAAGUCUAUAUUUUAGUGAAUAUUUGCAUGCACUGUAAUUGUAGUGUAUGCAUCUUCGAAAUAAACUAAAACUAACUAACACUUUGAAUACAAUAUAACAUGCUUUAUGUCAAACAAACAUAACAAGGGGGGUGCUGGAUCAACUUUAUCUUUAUUAACAAGUCAAAACAACAACAAUAAGCUGCUGUCCUCUGUAUACGGUGCUCUACCAAAACACAGAUAGUCCUUUUGGUGCCCUCACAAACAAUCAUAAAUCACCAGCGUUGGUAAUAACAGCGUUAUUUUUUUCCAGUAACGAGUAAUCUAAUUAAUUACUGUUCUCAUCGCUGCAACACCGUUGCCGUUACUGAGAAUGUAAAGUUGUGCGUUAUCACAGUUUGGUUAAAUGAAGCGCACACAGUGUCAUGUUUCGGCCACACAUCAGAGAGCAAGAGUGAUAAUGACAAAAUUAUCGGCAGUAGCGGAGACACCUGCUAAAAAAGGGACACGAUACACUAGUAUCUCAGUUGUCAGCGCUCUGUUAAUCCGCGCACACCCAGACUCACACACCCCUCCCCUCAGCCUUCAGUAAACCAGUGUUGACGAAAAUGUUAACAUGAACAAAAUCCAAUCAUAUUUAAUUCAAUCUUGUAGAUAGUUGGGACAAGUUCGGAAUAUGUUCAAUCACCGUUCUUUAGUAGCGUCAAAUAUGACAGACUGGUGGGAGUUAGCGACAAAGUUGAGCCAAUCAGAUGCUUCUCUUUGUCAGAUGAGGAAGUUGAAAUUCUCCUCAGCUGGGCAGCAGCGGCAAAACAAAAAUAUAUGAUUGUCCCACGUCGCAGCACCUUUUAUUUUUGACGCUUUAUGAUGCCACCUGCAGCAGGCGAGUCAUUGAUCGUGACAUCUACACAACUGUAAGUUAGCUUUGUGUAUUUGCUGCUUCUAACACACUUCCAUCCAUCCAUCCAUUUUCUACCGCUUGUCCCGUUCGGAGUCGCGGGGGUGCUGGAGCCUAUCUCAGCUGCAUUCGGGCGGAAGGCGGGGUACACCCUGGACAAGUCGCCACUUCAUCACAGGGCCAACACAGAUAGACAGACAACAUUCACACUCACAUUCACACACUAGGGCCAAUUUAGUGUUGCCAAUCAACCUAUCCCCAGGUGCAUGUCUUUGGAGGUGGGAGGAAGCCGGAGGGAACCCACGCAGUCACGGGGAGAACAUGCAAACUCCACACCGAAAGAUCCCGAGCCCGGGAUUGAACUCAGGACUACUCAGGACCUUGUAUUUAGAUGCUGGAUUUAGGCGAGCAGCUGACCAUUCCAGAUGAAUUUUCAGAAGAGGAGAAGAAGUCUGGUUAUGUGUGGCGACAGCUAAUGGCAGGAGCUUUGGCUGGAUCAGUAUCACGGAGUGGGACCGCCCCAUUAGACCGACUGAAAGUAUUCCGACAGGUUUAUGGUUCGUCUAUGUUUAGAGGCAAUGUGCUGAGUGGUUUUCAGUACAUGGUGAAAGAAGGAGGAGUGCAGUCAUUUUGGAGGGGCAAUGGUAUCAAUGUUCUUAAAAUUGCCCCAGAGACCGCAAUCAAGUUUACAGCUUAUGAACAGAUCAAACUCGUAAUGUUUGGCAGAAAGGAUACCAAAAAUCUCAGGGUUUAUGAGAGAUUUCUUGCUGGCUCUUUGGCUGGGGCAAUAGCUCAGACAGCCAUCUACCCAUUAGAGGUCCUGAAGACUCGUCUCACACUAAGAAAAACAGGCCAGUUCUCAGGAAUGACUGACUGUGCCAAGCAGAUCUUGCAGAUGGAAGGCAUUGCGGCCUUCUACAAGGGUUAUGUUCCCAACAUAUUAAGCAUUGUGCCUUACGCCGGCAUCGACCUGGCAGUCUAUGAGACUCUGAAGUUUGCAUGGCUGAAUAGGAACAGAGGUGUGGCUGACCCAGGGGUCAUGGUACUGGUUGGCUGUGGUGCCAUCUCCAGUACCUGUGGGCAGCUGGCAAGUUAUCCUCUUGCAUUGAUCCGCACCCGAAUGCAAGCUCAAGACUCCGUGAAAGGAUCCCCUAAGCUUUCCAUGUCCACCCUGAUUCACACCAUUGUCACCCGAGAGGGUGUGGCAGGUCUUUAUCGUGGAAUUUCCCCCAAUUUGCUGAAAGUCAUCCCUGCCGUCAGCGUGUCCUACGUGGCGUACGAAUAUACAAGGAUAGCCCUGGGAGUGGACGUGGAGGGUAGGCGGGGGUGCAGAGGGAAAGUGUAGAUGGUUUGUUGUGGUUUUCGUCUGCGAGAACAUACAGAUCUGUUGAACCUGCAUGAGGAAAUGGACCCUGACAAUGGAUGAACUCACCGACCUGUGAUUGCAAGACUUGAGGAUGGAAAAAUAGCAAAAGAGAUAUGACAUCCCUGCCUUUGGAUGACUUCACCUGACCUGGCAGCUGCUGUGAACAAUUGAAUGUGUGAGUUGCAUUGCACGGCAUGCCAGCAGUUGUUACCUGCGUGAAAAGUAACAAACUUGCCGUCAAGACUUGCAUGAACUUACCUGAAAGGCAACAGGUAGAAUGUGUACCGUGAGGCAUGGUGUGUAUUGGAAAGCGCAAGAGGGUUAUACAGCCUUUUCUCUCCCUCACAGGUGAACUGUAGAGAAGAUGGAUGGCUUGCAGAACCACCAAUCCAACGUCAAAACAUGUGUUUUACACUUAUAUAAAGUGGGCUGAAAUGGUGUAAACACCGAAGCAGAGAACGGAAGAAAACUUAACUCAAAAACUGUGGUCAUCCAAAUGGAUAUAUGGAGAUUUUAUUUUAAUUUUUUAUAGAUUUAUUUAAGAUUUUAAAUUUUUACAACACAUAUACAGCAGUAUACAUUGAAAUGUUGGCAAUGUAAAGGCCCACAAAACACAACACAAAACAGGGGGUAGGAGACAAACAACAAGACAUACUUCAAUUCGACGAAUAUCAAUAAUUAGAAAAAAUAUAUAUAUAUUAUGUAUGCACAAUACAUAUAUACACAUGCAGAUGUACAUACACACACAUACUGUACAUGAAUAUAGUUAAGUAUUAUGAAAAGAAAGAAACCAGAAGAUAUA